AUCGCAGGCUGCUACAUUUCCAGCUUGCAAGGAUCUUGUGGCGCGCCUAACCUAACGAACUUGCCUCAUAACCAGCCACAUGUAUUCACACACAGCAUGCCUUAAGAUGCACUCCAAGAGACUUUCACAGCUAUCUAGUCAAAUCGCUCAACUUAAAGGAGGGUAUCCGGCAUUCUGGUAACGUCUGACUUUGUCGCGCAAAUCUCGAUGUGGAACACGAAGAAGAGUCCUGCAGGAUCCGACGUCGAACUACGAUCCUUCGUUCAUCAUGACGCCCUACGCCCCGAAGAGUACAGCGCGCAUGCUCCUGAUUCCUCUGUACUCGGUUCGGAAAAGAGAGCAUCACAUUCAAGACAUCCGCGAUGGAAAAUUGGCAUUAGGUACUGCGCUUUAGCUGCAGGUGUUGUCUUCUUGUUCAACCUGAUAUUUCUCCUCGUGGGCGAGAACCGCUCUGGAUUUCUUCCCAUCAAUAGCAAUGGCGGCAAGCGUGUUGUUUACGAUGGGGACUGCGACACCACGAAAAGGAUCAACAUCGUUGUCCAUAUGCUCAUCAACGUACUCAGCACCAUCUUGCUAGGCGCCAGUAAUUACUGCAUGCAGUGUAUGAGUGCGCCCACGAGGGCUGAAGUGGACAGAGCGCACAAAAAGUCCGAGUGGGUUGAUAUUGGGGUACCUAGUAUACGCAACUUGGGGAAAGUGCGUAAGCUACGUGCAUUCCUAUGGCUGAUCAUGGGCGUGUCAUCUUUACCAUUACAUCUAUUUUAUAACUCUACCGUGUACGCGUCCGUUUCGGCAAGCGUAUACAAUGUCUUUACCGUCAAUGAGGCCUUCCUUGAUCCGUUGGCAACGAACUAUACAGAGAUUGGCGCGAAUGCAAGCAAACCCGACAGUUAUACCAAUGCGAUGUUGAAGCUCUACAGAUCGGACAGCCUCGAACGCCUCAACACCAGCGAUUGUGUCGGCGCGUACGCGCAAAAUUACCAGACUGCGCGCAGAAACGUCUUACUUGUCGUAUCCGACUCGACUAAAGGCUUUACUAGCGGGGCGACCCUGGAUUUUGAAACGAAUGAGUAUCCCAUCACCGACCCGAAUGACAGCUGCCCUCAACCGUUUCAAUGGAUAUGCACUGGGAUACUCAAUUCCGACGAUUGCCUUGGUUCCAGCUGUCAAAGCAAGAUCUCAGGGAUCCAAAGUCAAGUCGCGGAAUGGAAACCUUUUGGCAAGACGAUCGAAUAUUGCAUGAGUGAGAAGAUCGACCAACACUGUCGUCUACAGUACAGCGUGCAUCUGGUGAUCGUAGUCAUCAUUAUCGGACUUUUGAAGACUGUGGCGAUGCUGUUCAUCUCUUUUCGAAUUAGCGACACUCCUAUGAUGACCAUCGGCGACGCAGUUUCUUCCUUCCUGAUCAGACCGGACGCAACGACAAAAGGCAUAUGUCUGCUCAACAAGUCGUCUUUGAAAGAUUUCCGAAUUCCUGCGAGUCCAGCGCAUGGGACUUCUGCGACAGGUGGAUACAGCAGCAUCGGUUGGAGCGCACCACCUCAAACCUUUGAUCACAAGAAGCGGCUUCACAUUAGUGCCGCAAGCGGACGACGGCUGUCUCUGUUCAUCAUCACGUAUGGGAUACUCAUCGGCGUCACAAUUUUCCUGCUUAUUUAUGGCGUGGUCUGGUUCAAAGGCGACCAAUCCGAAGCAUACGGCCAAGGUCUUGGGGCCAUCGACGCGCGAUCAUUCAUCACAUGGGAGCUUCCGCAAGAAGGAACUGCGGGGCUAAUUGCGAAUGUUAUCGUUGCCAACAUUCCGCAGCUCCUUCUUUCUUUCCUCUACCUCAACUACAAUGGGCUCAUGACGGUCAUGUCUCUAUCCCGAGAAUGGGCGAGAUACGGCGUGCGACGGCAGGGCCUAAGAGUAUCAAUGACGAGGAAGGGCGCGCAAAGGAGCACAUACUUCUUGCAACUACCGUAUCGAUUUGGGCUUCCAAUCAUCGUCAUCACUGGAACGCUACACUGGCUGAUAUCUCAAAGUAUAUUCCUAGUCAGCGUUGAUGCAUAUAAAGCCGGCGCCUCGAUCGGCUCGCUCAUAACGUGCGGAUACUCGCCACCCGCGAUUCUGGCCACCAUAAUCGUCAUUGUUGUCUUGAUUGUUAUCUUAGCGGUCGUCGGAUUUAGACGGCUGCCAUCUUCCAUGCCGGUUGCAGGGAGUUGUAGCAUCGCGAUUGCUGCUGCGUGUCAUGCCGUACCCGAGCCUUUCCAAAAGUCGUCCGAGGCUAUAGAGGAGAACGCGGCGGAUGCUGAAGUACAGUGGGGAGUUAUGGGUUCAGACGAUAAGGGUAUAGGGCAUUGUGGGUUUUCUAUGUAUGCGGUAGACUAUCCGGAACAGGGGAAACUGUAUGCAUGAGGCGCUGGAGUGAUGCAAUGAGCUUAGGGCCAAAUAUCAACAUAACAUACCACAUUCCAUGUUGAUAAGACAUCGUUCGCAAAGCAAUACCUGGUUUGCACGAAGAACCUCUUGGCAAGAGAUGCUCAUGAUGUAAAAGAAGCGAGUCACUUAUCAGGAAUAUACAUCCGAUUGAUGCAGGAGUUGCACGACGG